AUGCGCGCUCAGACACGUGUAAUCCCCGGCCCCACCGUCACCCUCAGCAUGGCGGCUCAAGAGUUUAGCCUAGAUGGGGCUUUCGAAUCCCGUUCAACGCCGGUAAUCUAUGACCUGACAGGCGACACCGACUCGGAGCCCGAGAAUGCCGUGCCGAAGAUUUCAUCUCAUAAGGAGGACCGCGCGCCUUUUGUGUCUACUUUGCCGCAUCGGCGACCUUCUGCAACAUUUCGACUCCCGCAGAAGCGGGAUAUCGCGAGCAGUUCUGAGGACAUUUCGGUUCCAUCUCGGCAUGGAACGCCAAUCACGCAGACGUUUCUGAACCUUAAGGCCACUAGCCAACCCAAGACGCCCAGUCCUACGCCGAGCCUUAAGCGUGGUAAUGUCGAAGUUGUCAUCCCAUCACCGUCUCAGCGUCAACAAAAGCUGUUCAAAACACUCAAACCUGUCGAGCCUCUGCCAAAUGGCUUCUCAGAUCGUCGAUUUCCCAUCGAAACCGAAGAAACUGAAAAGGCUGCCAGACGCGCCUAUCCCAAGGUUCGCAAUGUCGACCGAAGCGUCAUCUCCUUUGCCCUGUCUCCGCGGCCCAUGCCGCAUACGUCGAUUACCCCUGUCCAAUCCCUGCGCUACGAACUUAAUCAAAAGUUGAAGCGCAUUAAGGGACCCGAGGUGACAUUCGACAUGGACGACGAGAAAGUAGCGAUGUUGUCUGCCAAUUUUGGAUUCCUCAAUGAGUACAAGCUCCAGGACGGGAUCACUCGCGCCGACCCGGGUUUCAACGCGGGAUGCACUUGUAGUGGUCCCUGUGAUCCUGCAUCCUGCGACUGUGUGGAGAUGGAAGAGGAUUCAGAUAAUCGGAUCUACACAUACCAUCCUUCUGCCGAUGGUCAGAUUGUCCUUCGGUCAGACUUCUUGAAAAGAAAACGGCACCCUCGCAUCUUAGAGUGCAACGAGGCUUGCGGCUGUCGAGGCAAAUGUUGGAACACUGCUGUGCAGCGCGGGCGAAGUGUCAGAUUGCAGAUCUUUGAUACGGGUGGUCGUGGUCUCGGCCUCCGAUCCCCCGAUCCCAUCAUUGCUGGUCAAUUUAUUGACACGUACCUCGGAGAGGUCAUCAGCAAGCAAGAAGCCGACGCCCGCGAAAACGUGGAUGAUAAAAACCAGUCUUACCUAUUCACUCUUGACCACAACCGAUACGACGGUGACGUGAUCGAGAUGUACGGCGAAGACUACGAUGAUUUCUACGUGGUCGAUGGGCAGAAAUUCGGCUCCCCCACACGGUUUAUGAACCACUCGUGCAAUCCUAACUGCAUAAUCGCCCCCGUCUACACCACGAACCACGCCGAUCACCUCGUGUACUACCUCGCCUUUUUCGCCCUGCACAAUAUCCCCGCGGGCACCGAGCUCACAUUUGAUUACAACCCGAACUGGGAUGGCAGCAACAAGAUUGACCCGAACGCAGUCAAAUGUCUUUGCGGAGAGCCCAACUGCCGUGGGCAGCUGUGGCCCAAUGCGCGUAAAAAGGGCCGCAAAGCCUAG